AAGUUUUACGAUUAAAGGCUUAUUUGAUUUAGGGCCUUUAACCUAUCUUGAGAGGAAGUGAAGAAUACAGAUAAUUAUACUUUCCACACGGUCGGAAUAGAUUUACUUUUAUUACUUAGUUCCGUAUUGACCCUAGGGUCAAUUUCAUCCUGUUCAAAAUUCAUCCCGAAAGCCAUAAUUUCAUUUUCAUCAAGAAACCAGACCAUAGGAGAGAGUCCGGUGAUAACCGAUCCGAUUAUAAGGAUAAUAUGGGUGAGGAGGAUUGGCUAAACAAGUUAUCUGAUCAGUUCAGAAGCUGUGGCGACGGCAUCGUUAAAUAUUUGGUCUUUCUGUUCAAUUUUCUUUUAGCGAUCUGCGGACUGAUACUGGUCAUUGCUGGUGCCAUCGCUUUGGCUGAUCUAUGGCCGAGCAGUCACUUCUUAGACACCAAAGUUCUUCUUCCACCCAUCAUCAUUCUUGUAAUUGGCAUACUCACGUUUUUUGUCGCCUUCCUGGGAUGUUGCGGCGUGCUAGCAAGAAGUCAUUGUAUGCUCACAUCCUUUGCUGCGAUCCUUCUAUCGCUUAUCAUUAUUCAAAUUCUCGCCGGAGCGAUAGCCAUCAUAGCAAAAGAUGAUUUCAGCAACUCGAUGAGGAGCGCCUUAAAAUACUCGCUAGGCAACUAUUCGUUCACCAAUCUGGACGGCCAAUCUUGGGACGCGGCGCAAAGGAAACUGGAGUGUUGUGGGGUUGACGGUCCGAGAGACUGGGCGCAAGUGUUCACUGAAAACCAAGUUCCGGCUUCUUGUUGUCGAGGGGCGCCUGACAAUGUCAACGCCCUUUGUCGCAACACUUUCGACGAUCGGAUCGUCUACCAAAUCGGUUGUUAUGCCAAACUACAGCAAUCGGUUCGAAUCCAUUCCAACUGGAUCAUAGGACUCGGUUUAGGCCUUGUACUCAUUGAGAUACUUGGCGUCAUAUUAGCUUGCGUUGCAGCUAAAUCAAUCAGAGAUGAUAAUCGCAACAAGUAAGAUGUUUGAUUAUACUACUCUAGUCACAGAAACAUGUAUCAACAUUAUUCAACUUCUUUGAAUGUGGAUUCCAGUGUGAACUACAAAAGUGGAACUGAUCAAUUUCCAUUAAUAUCCAUCUUUCUCGCAAAAUAAUACGGUAUAGAUACAAGUGAAUGUAAAACAAGUCUUUUUAAUGUAGUAUACGUGCUGCGCAAUAUAUAAUGUAUUACUCCUAUUUUUCUUUUCGUAGGCUUACAAUUUUUUACUGUCUUCUACGUAUAAAUUUCUUAGAACUGAAAAAUA